AUGCGAUUGGCUGGCUGGCUGGGAGGGACCCUGAUCGCCCCUUAUCCACGAUUGGACAAUGCCCUGAAUUACUUGCUGAAGCCCAAUAAUUUCUACGAGUACCGUAUCACGUCGCCCACCCUCAUUCUGUAUUUCCCUUUAAAGAUCCCUCGCCCACGGGUCUCUGCUGCUCGAGUCACCCUCUUGAAGUCACGUACCAAGCGGAUUCUCGAGAUCGUCGUCGCAAUGGGGCUUUUACAAGACGUUACGGGGCCUCUGUCCCAGCAGUUAUCCCACCUCUCGACCGCGUCGCAAGUGGGCGUUAUCGCAGGUGGCGCCCUGUUUCUCGCCGUAUUCCUCAACGUACUGCAACAGGUUCUGUUUAGGAACUCGGAAGAACCGCCUGUCAUCUUCCACUGGUUUCCCCUGAUCGGGAGCACUGUUACCUAUGGCAUGGACCCCCCGCGGUUCUUCAGGGAGAACCGUGCCAAGCAUGGCGACAUCUUCACCUUUAUCCUCCUCGGCAAGAAGACAACCGUCUACCUCGGACCGGCGGGCAACGAAUUCAUCCUCAACGGAAAACUGAAGGACGUCAGCGCGGAGGACAUCUACACCGUCCUGACGACCCCUGUUUUCGGAAAAGACGUAGUUUACGACUGCCCCAACUCCAAGCUCAUGGAGCAGAAGAAGUUCAUGAAGGUCGCCCUGACAACAAGUGCUUUCCAAUCCUACGUACCGAUCAUCGCCGACGAAGUGUCAAACUAUUUCAAGAAGUGCCCCGACUUCAAGGGCAAGUCGGGCGUCAGCAACAUCCCGAAGAAUAUGGCGGAAAUCACCAUCUUUACCGCAUCCCACUCGCUACAAGGUAGCGAGAUCCGAAACAAGUUCGACGAGUCGCUGGCUGAUCUCUACCAUGAUCUGGAUAUGGGCUUUAGCGCCAUCAACUUUACGCUUCAUUGGGCGCCUCUGCCGUGGAACAACAGACGAGACCAUGCGCAAAGAACUAUCUCCAAGGUUUACAUGGAUACAAUCAAGGAGCGCCGGGCAGCUGGGAAGAGUGACCAGCAAGACAUCAUGUGGCAUCUGAUGAACUCGACCUACAAGAAUGGUGUCAAGGUCCCUGACCACGAGAUUGCGCACAUGAUGAUUGCUUUACUCAUGGCUGGUCAGCAUUCUUCAUCUUCGACGAGCUCCUGGAUUAUGUUGCGACUUGCUGCACGACCGGAUAUCAUGGAGGCUUUGUAUCGCGAACAGGUCGAGGCUUUGGGUGCUGACCUGCCGCCGCUCACACUUGAGGACCUUGCGAAGCUCCCCCUGAACCAAGCCAUCAUCAAGGAAACCCUCAGACUUAAUGCGCCCAUCCACUCUAUAUUGCGCGCCGUCAAGUCGCCCAUGCCAGUCCCGGGGACCAAGUAUGUCAUCCCUACUAGCCACGUUCUUCUCUCAGCCGCUGGCGUAUCCGCAUCCGACCCAGCAUUCUUCCCUCAACCAGACGAGUGGGAGCCUACACGAUGGAACAAAGACUCUCCUCUCGCGCCGAGACUCGCGACCACGACUGGAGAAGAGGAAGAGAAGAUCGACUACGGAUAUGGACUUGUCAGCAAGGGCGCCAACUCACCGUAUCUUCCUUUCGGCGCCGGCAGACAUCGUUGCAUUGGUGAACAGUUUGCCAAUGUCCAGUUGCAGACCAUCACCGCGAUGGUGGUCCGUAUGUUCAACCUGCGCAACGUCGAUGGCAGUGACAAGGUCAUCGGCACGGACUACGCUUCGCUUUUCUCGCGGCCGCUUGAGCCUGCCAACAUCCACUGGGAGAAGAGAGACUGGUGA